UUUAAAGUUGUAUAUUAUUUUUAAGUCCCUUUUCUCCAGAGUCACAACAACCUGACCCACAACUCAGCACAGGGAGAAGCUCACAGCAGUUAUCACCAGUACCUUCUGGGAUGUUUGGCCUACGGGCAUGUGGGGAUUUUACUCAGGAAUAACACAACUGCUCUUUUAUAUCUAUUUCCUGCCAUAAACAAUUCUGUACAAAGCAUUUCAUAGAAACACAUUUUCUUAUGCAAACACACUGAAAGCAGGAAAACAGGAUGAGUACAUAAACUGACUGCAAAUGAUUAAUGAGGCAGUAAUUAGCCUGAGGAGCAUUAAAGGGUUGUGGGCAAUUCAGAUAAGCACAAGGCACAUGCCAGCCAGGGAACAUCACUCGUGACAGCGGGGAUAAAGCGGAGCCAGAAUCAGGGCUUGGCUGAAAACUUUGCCAGUGCAGGACAAGAAACUAUUUUUUCAGCACAUCAGACAAAAGGCACAGACAAGUCACCCCCACCUAUUAAUAGGACACAGAGCAAACAGACAUGGAGCAUGGAUUCAUCCCACCUAGUUUUAAAAUUUCUAAUUUAGGAGCAUAGGUGUCCCUCUUGCUGUCUGUUCGAGCUUCCAACCUCUGCAAGAUGGUUUCAUAUUGUUUUAAUAAUUAAGAAUCAGGAAAUUUUAAGACAUUUUCCUCUUCGGACAUGGGAACUGACAGAGUAAAUUUGAAGCUUCUAAAGCACUGUAAUAAUGGCUGGUCUGUCUUCCACUUUCCCAGAUCUUUUUAACAGCACGGAAUGUGAAAUGCAAUAGAAAAUUAUCCUAUUUUUAAACAUAAGUCUUGCAGUUCACCAGCCCACUUGCAGAUGUUACUGCACUUUGAGUCCCACUUCUGCAGCUGAAAGAUCUCCAGGCUCCUAAAAUCUGGGGUCACCCAAAAGUCCAUCAAGCACCACUACAGGUCAUGUCAGCGGAAACACAAGCAGGAGUGCUCAGGCACUUUGACGAAGUUUGCUUACGACAGAGCUUCUAUUUCUCAGCUAAUAAGAACAAGCGCUUCUCACCUCAUCCCCCCACCAGCAAGUUCAGGAGAUUAGAGCCGUCCUGAACUCCUUGCCCUCCUCAACUGCAGUUAUUUCAUUUCUUUCUGUUGCUCCUCUGUGGGAGAGAGGGGCUGGGACAUGGUGGCACAGACAGUUUGAGCAUUCAGGUGCACUUGAGGCUACUAGAGUGGUACUCCAUGUCUUCUGCUGGUAAGACUGACCUAGUCCAUCUUUUUGGGAUUAGAGAUCCUUCUUUUCCUUCCUUAUUUCCUUUGCUCCAUUCUGCCACAGGAUUCUUGCCGAGAAAACACUUGGAUUUUACCCCUCAAAUAAAAAGGCAGAAAGAAAUUGGAGACGGAGGGAUUUUGUUCAGGCAUUGAAAAAAAUUUGUCAGACAAGAUGAAUAUUCACAAAACCACUCAGGAAGGGCACUCCUGAGUGCAUGAGGUUGUCCUGUGAACGCCACGAGAAAGAAGAUGGUCCCACCAAGACACUAACCUUGCUUUUAAUUUCCAGAUCUCUCUCAUGGAUCUCUGAGAUCUUCUGUGGGCCUCGGUCAUGCUUCAGUUUGCACUGGAAGCCCUCUGAUGACUGAAACCAACUAGGAUAAGAGACAUUAUAAUGUUUUGAUAAUUAUUGGACAUUCAUCACUCACAUUAAUAAUCUCAAUCUCAUUCUUCUCUUGGUGUUGUAGGGUAGUCAGUAUUGCUAAACCAAGAGCAAAUUUCCUAUCCAGAGCACUCAAAAUUGGUGAUACUUAUGCUCUAAUCAAAGCACUGCAUUCAGCAUACCAACGUCAGUAGUAGAUAAUUCCCCUAAAUCUGUAACUGUCCAGCAAAGCACUGUUUAGAGACCAAUGAAAAUGCUUUCAGCAAAGAAAGUUCUAAUUUCUAAUUUAAUAAUAACGGUAGUGCCUGGCUGUCACAGCUAUGCUAUGGAGUCUGCUUCCGGACAGGAAUUGCCCAGUGAUGUUAUCAGUCAUUGUAAACUGUCUUGGUUGGGAAGUUAAUCAUUAACUCAGGUCCCCAUCUCAUAAAAACAUCAUAUUGUAAGAGCACGACUCACUUAAGGCUGUCACUAAUCAAUCCUGCAUACAGCAGGAAUACAGCAACACAUAAAAGGAGCCAGAGACUAGCGAAAUCCUUUAGCCAGGGAAGACAAGCUGCAGGGAGGUGUACCUCCAUGGAGAAAUCCACUGACAAGCCAAACAAGGAAGACGGAUGUCUGGCUCUGCGAGUACUGCAGGCUGAGGAGGACGGUCCUGCGCCCGCGGCAGGAGGUGCUGCAGAAAUGAGCAGGGCAGGACCCCUAACACAGAAUACAAAUCAAGGGAAGAGACUGGGAUUCACUGAAGAGUGUAUUAAAGAAAUGGAGAGGCCUUCAGGCACAGAGCAAGACAGUUAUGCUGCCUUCAAACCAGCAAUUUUGGAAAGAGACUGUCCACACUCAAAUUGGCCUCUUGUGCUAACGAACACAGAUUGUCCCAAAACUUGCACAUUGGAAAUGAACCACCAGUGUUCAACCACAUCCGUGGACUUGGAUUGCCUGAUCUGCUUCAACAAGUACAACAUCUACAGAGUCCCAAAGCUCCUGGACUGCCAGCACACCUUCUGUGCUGUCUGCCUCAAGCUUAUUCUCAGGAAAGUGGAGAAUACCUGGAUCAUCACCUGCCCUCUGUGCAGAAAACCCACUUUUGUGUCAGAAGGGCUCAUCCGCACACUCCAGAAUAAAGAAGACAUCUUGGAGCACUUGGAAAACCUCGAGUCAGACCCAGAGGUGCACAUCCCUGCCAUGGGGCUGGACAGCAAGAGCUGGACUCAGAGCAGCCAAGACAUUUUAAACAUAGAGGAGAAUGUUCCAGCAGACACCAGCCUGGCUGUACAGAGACUUGUACUGCUCCUGCUGCUCGGGGUGAUCCUCGCCAUCCUCAUCCUCCCCUUUAUGUACUUGGGAAGGGUCAAAUGGGUGAUUUGUCUCCUGCUUACUCUGGGGUUGGUCAUGUCCAUGGUGCUUUGCUGCACUCCUAAAUUCCACUGGAGGUGCAAGAGGGACUCGCCCACCUCCUGUGACAAGGAGACCCACGUCGUUACUGUUGCCUGAAACAAUUAAUUAAUGAGGCUGUCCCGGAGGUAACAGACUGGCCCUGCCUGCAGAGCUGCAGGUUGGGCAUGCCAGUGAAUUAUGGACUUAAAGACAAUCAUUCACAGAAUAAAUUCAGCAGCUUGCUAGGCUGGCUCAAUGCCAAGGCACAGUCUUGUUAAAUCUCAUUACUGGAAACAAAACUCAACUAUUUAUAUGUUGAUAUUUAUGUGUUGGUUUGCUUUUGCCACUUUGUUCUUGUUCGUGUCCUCUCCUGAUUAGCCCUGCAGGAUGUUAUCUGGAACACCCGGGAGGUAAUGUCCUGGAACAGCCUAUGGUUGUGUUUUCCUGCUCUCUGAACCCAAGUACACCUUUUCUCGGGACAGAGUGGGGAAAUAAGGCUGCUAAAUCAGGGAGUGGGUUUUUGGAAGAGAGUAGCUUUAACCCAGAUUACCACUUUAAUCCCUAUCACUGCCCAAGGGUUGCUGGCAGGGAUGGGAAAGGGACUGGGAAAAGGGGAUGUCAGUUGAUGCCAUCUGAAGUUAUACCCAAAAUCGUGAGAGGAGGAGGCAAAACCAACACUCCUAACCUUGAUCUGUGGCUUGCAAAGGGCAAAAAACCUUGCAAUCUUCCCAGUUCCCCACAGAAAUAGUUCCUCUCACCUGAAUUCCUUUAUCUGGAUCCCUGCACCACCUCUCUUCUUGCCCCCUCUUACAUGAAAUACCACGCUGCCCUUGGAGAUGCUCACAGAGAUAAACAGAAAUCCAUCAAUUGCUGUGUCAUACCACAUGUGAUGUUUCUAUAUGGAUUGUCUCCAUUAAAUUUAAAUCAUA